AUGCAAGAACAAGAUCAAAUCCCUCGCGUAACCGUCGAACGCCAGGUAGACUGGUUACGCGUGCAAGAGAAUGUAAACGCCUCGUUGAAGCAAUCUCUCGAGGACCGCCUGCGCACGCUCCCACUAGACGAGGCUCGGCGAUUGCGGCCGAAGCUCGAGGUCGAGCUCAAUGCAAUACGGGACCGCAUGUGGGAGAUGACCAAACCCAACCUACGUGUAAAUGGCUUUAACUAUGAGGAAUACGUUGAGACCACUGAACCGUUCGACGAGGCGCUCGAUCGCACGCUGUGGCCGCUCAACGCGGAGCGCGUCGACUGGGUCUGCAAGGUCAACAACUUGCGGAGAAAGAAGCCGGACGAGACCGCCGGCGUGCUUGAAGACAUGGAGGUGCGGCGCGACGGGUUGACAUGGGCACCUAGUGAGAAGCAGGAGGCCGAUCUCAAACAGGCCAUUGAAGAUGCGCAGAAGGAGGUGCGGGCCGAAGAUCACCCCCCACCCCCACGAUAUGGCGAGGUGGUCGACACGUUCCGCAAGGUUGUCGACAACAUGUCCGAAUUGGUCGAGAUCGCGCCGCAGCAGUUAGAGCGCGCAGAGCGAGUGCACCAGGUGCGCGAGGAGAUAUCACGAUUGCCCGUCUAG